CGUCAGGGUCUACACACCCAUGUGUGGCAGCGACGGCCUCACCUACAACAACCCGUGUUUACUUGAGAUAGCUAACUGCAAGAAUAAGGAAGCUGGAGGAAGCGGCGUAGUACUUGUAUCUGAAGGUGCAUGUGGGGAUCCUUCUGGCCUUGUAGUUGUGGAUCGUGUUGCUGCUGAAGACGAUCAUCCAGUUGUCUCUGCAGUUGGAGAUUCCUCUCCUGUUUCUUCCCCAAAAUCGUCUUGCAAGGAACAGUGCACUAAGAUACAUAUCCCCGUGUGUGGCAGUGACGGUGUAACGUACAACAACUUGUGUAUCCUCGGGGCGACUGACUGCAGGAUCAGGGAGACAGGAGGAACUGGAGUAAGCGUCGCCUACGAGGGCCUUUGCGAAAGACCAACUGUUCCCGGGCAGAAGCCGUCAGGACAUGAAUCAGAGGUUCCUAGUGUCCCCUUGGUGGACUACAGUCACCAACCACAGCUUCCUCCUGCCCUGAGCAAUGCGUCAGGAUCUACACACCCGUAUGUGGCAGCGACGGCCUCACUUACAACAACCCGUGUUUACUUGAGAUAUUUUAAUAUAGCUGGGUCUUGUGUAGGGGAUCCUUCUGGCCUUGUAGUUGUGGAUCGUGUUGCUGCUGAAGACGAUCAUCCAGUUGUCUCUGCAGUUGGAGAUUCCUCUCCUGUUUCUCCCCCAAGAUCGUCUUGCAAGGAACAGUGCACUAAGAUAUAUACCCCCGUGUGUGGCAGUGACGGUGUAACGUACAACAACUUGUGUAUCCUCGGGGCGGCUGACUGCAGGAACAGGGAGACAGGAGGAACUGGAGUAAGCGUCGCCUACGAAGGCCUUUGCGAAAGGCCACCUCUCCCCGGACCGGAGCCGUCACAACAUGUAUCAGAGGUUCCUAGUGUCCCCUUGGUGGACGCCCCAGUCACGGCCUCCUCCUGCCCUGAGCACUGCACAAGGAUCUACUCACCCUUGUGUGGCAGCGACGGCCUCACCUACAACAACCCAUGUUUACUCGAGAUAGCAAACUGCAAGAAUAAGGAAGCUGGAGGAAGCGGCGUAGUAGUAGUAUCUGAGGGUGCCUGUGAAAGACCAACUGUCCCCGGGCCGGAGCCGUCACAACAUGUAUCAGUGGUUCCUAGUGUCCCCUUGGUGGACGCCCCAGUCACGUCCUCCUCCUGCACUGAGCACUGCACCAGGAUCUACUCACCCUUGUGUGGCAGCGACGGCCUCACCUACAACAACCCGUGUUUACUUGAGAUAGCAAACUGCAAGAAUAAGGAAGCUGGAGGAAGCGGCGUAGUAGUAGUAUCUGAGGGUGCCUGUGGAGCGACAGAUGUGACAGAAGCUCCUGUAGCAGCAGUAGACCAGACGGCAGAGCCAAGCCAGGAAUACCUCCCUCCGCCAUCCACUUCCUGUUACAGGGACUGUACUACGAUCCUCCUGCCAGUGUGUGGUUCUGAUGGCAUAACCUAUAACAAUGAGUGUCUCCUGGAUGUGGCCAGUUGUAAAAGUCGUCAGCUGGGAGGACGAGGCAUCUACAUCGUUAGUGAAGGUUCUUGUGAUGACGUCAAGCCGACAGUAGACAUAAAACAAGCAUCUGCAUGCCGUGAGGAAUGCAGUAAGAUACACCUUCCUGUUUGUGGAAGUGAUGGUAACACGUACCCUAAUGAAUGUCUUCUGGACGUGAUCAACUGCAAGCGAUGGAGGGCCGGCCAGAUGGGAAUAUACAUCACAUACAUGGGCCCUUGUGGUGGAGGGACUGAGAAUCUUCCUGAGGUUCCUGAAUCCGUUGACACGCCAUCACUUUCUGUCCAAUCACAAUCACCACCUAUCAAGUCACCAUCAGUACCCGAUGAGUCACCUUCACUUUUCGAAUCACCAUCAAUACCCGUCGAAACACCAUUAGUACCCGUUGAGUCACCAUCAGGACCCGUCGAGUCACCUUCACUUUUCGAAUCACCAUCAAUACCCGUCGAAACACCAUUAGUACCCGUUGAGUCACCAUCAGGACCCCGAGUCACCUUCACUUUUCGAAUCACCAUCAAUACCGUCGAAACACCAUUAGUACCCGUUGAGUCACCAUCAGGACCCGUCGAGUCACCUUCACUUUUCGAAUCACCAUCAACACCCGUCGAAACACCAUUAGUACCCGUUGAGUCACCAUCAGGACCCGUCGAAACACCAUUAGUACCCGUUGAGUCACCAUCAGGACCCGUCGAGUCACCCUUGCUGGCGUCACUUGGAGCCUCGUACAGUGCCUGCCCAGAGGUGUGCGGUGAGACCUACUCUCCUGUUUGUGGCUCUGACAGUAUUACGUACGAAAACAAGUGUCUCUUGGAAGUAACUAGUUGCAGGAGAAGGUCGGCAGGAGACACUGAACUCACCAAGGCUUUCGACGGACCCUGUGUGGCCGCUCUACCUCGAGGACCAGUGUGCGAGAGGAGGUGCGACAGUAGGGUGCAGCUGGUGUGUGGCAGUGAUGGGGAGACUUACAAUAAUCGAUGUCUCCUUGAUCAUGCUGAUUGUCUCAACCCAUUUGCCAGCAUCACUUACGUCAAGGACGGGCCUUGCACUUCUCCCGUCACUAUUUUUGAUUCACCUUCGAUGUCAUCAUCAGAAGAGUCACUUCCAGAAGUGGUGGAUUUCCAGGUUCCUCACACUGGCUAUCUACCUCCAUUUUAA